UCGGUCUCGAGUAUCCGAGUCUCAGUCGCGUACCAGCGCUCGCCACGGGCGUACGAGAUUUAUCGAAUGCGCGAUCGGGACACGAUCUUCCGAGUGGGGAAAAACGAUCAUUCCAAAUAAAAGUACGACAGUCGGGCUCGCGCGCGCGCACCCCGCACCAAUAAUAUUUAUAUUUGGGCAAAGGCGUACACGUCCUUCGCGCUAUACGCUACGCGAUCCCGCCCGAGGCACUCCAAUUUUCCAAUCUCUCCGCCGCAUUUUUCUUUGCUCCGAAGAUGCGCGCCCGCGCGCGCACGAGCCACUUGGAAAAUGAAGAAUUUGGAAAAAUAUGAAAAGAAUGAGGCGAAACGUAGCGGAGAAUAACGGCCUCCGUCAUCCCCGAUCGUUUAUCCAUUAGAGUAGUGCUUCACCAGUUUUGUUCUCCCUCAGCCGAGACCGACUCGCUUGAUAAAACUCCUCGAAACGUGGAACCCAUCGAAAGCCGGAAGAACCUCGUCUCAUCGGAUAAGUGCAAAUUGAUCUGAGAAAGAUCUCGCGACAGAGCUCUUCUCGACCUCGUAAUAAUCGGCUCGUUGAGCGAGGAUGCCAGAUUUUACUUGGCCCGGUUUUAUUGCGCGGUGAACGAACCAGCACAGUGUCGAAAACAAACAACGAAACGUCGUCGCCGACGUCUCGGAGUAAACUCUCCAUCUCCUCGGAUACAUGCUCUCGUGAUAGACCCAACGUUCGACCAUUUAUUCCACCAUGACGAUUGUCAGAGUGGCCAUUCUCGCCCUCAUUCUUCGAGAUUUACAACACGUCGAAGCCUCGGUAGCCCUCAAUCCGGCAAAGGUCAGUCUCAUCCCGUUUCCUCCCUCGGAGGACUGCAGAAAGAGGAUAGCGGAAUGCACGAUGGCCGGGGCGGAGGCGAAUAAGCCAGUUUGCGGGAGCGACGGGGAGACGUAUCCGAGCCAGUGUCAGGUCGUUUCGAAGCAAUGCCAGGGCGAAUCUCUCCUCAUCAAACACUCGGGUCCAUGCCCCAAAACACCGGCGUGCUUCUCGGCCCGUUUGACCGCGCGACCGGGUGCCCGUCCAGUUUGCCGUCCCGACGGGACCUACGCGCCGGUUCAGUGUCACACCGAGACCGGAUACUGCUGGUGCGUGACGCCUCAAGGUCGGCCUCUUCCGGAUACAUCGGUGAAAAAUGAGAGACCAAAGUGCGGUGGCGAUCGAGUCGCGGUUGCAGCCGCUCCGGUCUCUGUGACGCCCGGUCAGAGAAGACGAGCCUCGCCCAAUUGGAAACAGCGACGACAAUACACCAAUCGUCACAGAAAUACGUGCGAUCGAGCUGAAAAAUCCAAAUUUAACGACAAUCUUAUAGAAAACUUCAAAAUUGAGUACAGACGAAUCAACGUUUCCUUCGAAGGCGAGAAGAAUGUGGAGCGAGUAUUGUCCUGGAAGUUUGUUACUCUCGACAAGAACGGGGACGGGCACCUCGACAGAGCCGAGUACAAGGAGCUGAGGAGACUCGCCAAGAAAGCAGUCAGACCGAAAAAAUGCGCCCGUACGUUUGCCCGUACGUGCGACCUCAAUCAGGAUCUCAAGUUGUCGCGCCAGGAAUGGGGUGCUUGUCUCGCCAACGAUUUUACCCAGGGCCGUCCGAGGGUGCCCGAGGCCCAGAGAACCAGGGCCACGGACCAAGUAUUGAAGGGUAAUUCUCCGCCGGUUCACGCGCGACCAACCUUCAACGAUGAUCCUCCGGACACGAAGGAGGAGAUCGACGCGAACGAUUGCCUAACGGACAGAAGAUCCGUGAUGGAGGACGAGCGACAAAAUUCGCAGGAAAAAUUUUACAUGCCCCAUUGUACGCCCGACGGACGAUAUCACAAAGUUCAGUGUUACUCGGGCUAUUGCUGGUGCGUUUAUCAAGACACGGGUAAACCGAUUCCCGGCACCUCCUCCAAGGAUCGCACGCCAAACUGCAACCCGGCCCCGCUGCCGAGCCGUCCCAUGAAAGGGUGCCCGGAGAUAAAGAAGCAACUGUUCCUACGCGACCUCAUGGACCUUUUGGAGAAAAAGAUGAAGUCGUCGUCGGGUACGAGCAGUUCGUCCGAGGCCACGGACGAGAAGUGGAUCGUUUCGAAGGAAGAACGAGUUGCGACAUGGCACUUCGUUAUGCUCGAUAAAAACAAGAAUAAAGUACUCGAACGCAAGGAGUGGAAGAGUUUUCGUUCGAUGGUCGCGAACAAUCGUCAGCUCCGAAGAUGCGGUAAAAAAUUGCCUCGGUACUGCGACAUCAAUAACGACCGGAGAAUCAGCAUGACCGAAUGGCUGAAUUGCCUCAAUGCUCAACGACCUGCCCCAGCUGACAGCUUGGAGAAAAGCUCGACCACCAAACCUCGAAGAAUGGGACCGAAUCCGCUGGAUACGUUUCUCAACGGUGACGAUUAGUCUUAUACGCCCGUCUCUGCCUGUCUACCACCAACCUCACAACAUUUAACACGAUAAAUAACUCUUCUUUCCGGCCUCUCGCCAUCUCACUGGCACGGCGUUGCGUAUCCUUCCUCCGUCGCUUUCGCCCCGACGUCAGAUUCCGCCUACUUCCGAAUUCCUCCUUCGUAUUUUUCGUACAGUGAUCAAAUUUAGCGCGUACGUUACGUAUUUUAUAGUUUUCAAUGUUUUUUUUUAUUUUUAUUUUUUUUAUUUCUUUUUUUUUUUUUAAUUUUUUUUAUUGUUAACCGUCGGCAACGAACAAAACUGUACCAGAGUAUUAUUAUUAUGCGGGUGGUCUGUGUGUAGUAUCUUUGUAAUAUAUUUAUGUGAAUAUAACACGAACGGUGCUCGCGAUCGUGCCUCGUCGCCGUAACGUCGAGCUUUCCGAGAAAAAGUGAUCAAUCAUCAGGCACUACCGAGAUUAACGAUUCGACCUUUGUUCGAGCUUAUAUUUGCGUCUUGUAUGCUGGACCAAUUAAUACGAUAUUGUAGAAAACGAAUAUCUUAGUAACGAUAAUUUGCAUCGACCACUAGGCAAAGUGCUACCUCGUCGUCAGGCAGGCGGACCCCGCAUUGUUCGAGUAUAUCUUGUACCCGAACAACGGGGGGUCCAACUGCCAGGUGACAUUGCCGAGACGCUGCCGACCUCUAAACCGUUUCCGGAAUACGAUUUAUCUCGUUUAUCGAGCCACUUUGUUCGGGUGAACACUUUUUUUCGGUUGGAGACUAUAAAACGUUGACCAUCGAUUAAACCGAUCAAUGCGGGUACUCGUCCAAUUAUUAAUCACAGUGGUGUCUUGUUCCGUCGCUCUUUUCGACGCCUCUCACUAUGUACAAGUGCAAUAAAUGUAUUUUAUUACAAAUA